CCCCCGGCUCUGCUCCAGGCCCCGGAGGGUGGGAAGCUUUGCCCAGCGGGUCUCCGCAGCGUAGCCGCACCUGCCUCAGUAUGUUUGGGGUCAACGACCCUCCUCUUUUUAUAAAAGACAUUAAGGCCGGACUGAAAAACUUAAAUGUCGUCUUUAUUGUCCUGGAGAUAGGACGCGUGACCAAAACCAAAGACGGCCAUGAAGUGAGAUCCUGCAAAGUAGCUGAUAAAACGGGAAGCAUCACUAUUUCUGUGUGGGAUGAGAUCGGAGGGCUCAUACAGACAGGGGAUAUUAUUCGUUUGACCAGAGGGUAUGCAUCAAUGUGGAAAGGAUGCCUGACACUUUAUACUGGAAGAGGUGGUGAACUUCAAAAAAUCGGGGAGUUUUGUAUGGUGUAUUCAGAAGUGCCAAAUUUCAGUGAGCCAAACCCAGAUUAUAGAGGGCAGCAGAACAAAGCGGUACAAAAUGAGAAGGAUAAAGUGAGCACCAGUACAUUUGGGCCAGUUGGAAAUGGUGUCCAGACUGGACUUGAAUCAAGGGGAUAUGUUCCAUAUACUGGUAGAAGCAAUGGCCGGGAACCCAUCAAUCCACAGUUUCCAGGAGCUCGUAGUAGUCAAACAGUCAUGACUACAAUAAGUAAUGCCAGGGAUCCGAGGAGAGCCUUUAAAAGAUGACCUAAGCCAAAGAGACACAUGUAGUUUUUAAACUACGUGCCCUACUUGAACACUUAGUGCACUUUUAUUUAUUGUUAACUGUGAAAAGUUUGUCUCUUACGGGUUUCCUUUUACAUUUUGGGUUUAUUAAGAAGAAUGGUUGGUUUUUACUGCACAAUGUUGAGCUGCUCAGUUCCAUCCUAUUGAAGAAUAGGAACUCUGAAAGCGGGAACAUUUAUUUUUAGAGCAAGAACUUACUGGGUAUCACUUGAAAACCUGUCCCUGUUUCAAGGGUGAGCUACUGAUGACACCAGCUUUAUAGCCUCUGUGAGUCUUCUGCAUAUAUUUUGUAAUGUUAGCUAUAACGUUUCAUGGGAAAUGUUUUUUUUGUCUUAAACUGGGAAGUGGCCAUCAGAAGUGAUAGCGGCUCCAGGCACAAGCCAGGCCCAUGCUGACAGCGCUUUGAGUGAUCCAGGGAUGACUGUCUUCUAGAGUGACUGGCCUGCCAUUGAGAUUGUUCAAGGACAGAAGCAGCCUACAUUCUUGUUUAAUUACCAGAAAACUAGACUAUCAGAAUUAUGCAAUAAAAUGUGUAAUAUAACAAGUAAUUUUUAGAAGAAAACUGUAAGAUAAUGCUCUUAACAUUUGUUAUAAACAUUGAAGAUUACACUGAAGAAAAAUUUACAAUGUGUUAUUUUUGAAACAACCAUGUUAAAUAUUGGUGUAUUUGGAGGGAGUUACAAUACCACACUGGAUAGCGAUCUAAUUGUCUUUUUGAGACUGGGUUUUUCUCUAAAGACCUGGCUGGGUUGGAACUUGUCAUGUAGACCAGGUGGGCCUUUGAACUCUAGCUCUUCCUGCCUCUGUCUCUGUCUCCCAGGUGUUGGAGUUAAAGUUGUGCACUACCACACCAGGCUGAUCUGAUUAUUAAAAAACAAAAGAAAACACUUGUGGUAGA